AUGAACACACAAAGACGGCGUCUUGUGUCUAGAAUUUGUAAAGUUCAGCUGGGUCGCUUGAAGUCUCUCACGUGACCACAUAUAGCACUGCAGGUUAAAAUUUUCUCCGUCACAUGUGUUGUCAAUUGGCCAACGAAGGUUUACAAUCUACACCAUAAAAUGCUCGCCAGCUACGCAAGAAGCGCUCGUGUGUCCUCGCGAAAACUUGUUACAAGCUCACGUCUUUUAAGUGUCAAAAAUCCGGCUGCUAAAAGCUUUUCCUCGCCGCAAGAAUUGGUGGAAAAGAGAAAGGUGAAGGAGUUGGAAGACCAACGUUUCACCGAGAGUCUACUUAACAAAGACAUUGACUUCGAGCCCAAAUUGAUCAAACCAAAUGAGGUGGACCCAUUCACGAAAAGGCCUGUUCCCCUCAACGUUGAGUUGUUGAAGUAUAAGCCAUUGAAAUUAGAACCCACCCACGGCCACAAGGUCGCCGAAAUUAAUUUCAGCGGAUAUGACGAGACCGAGGUUCUCAGAAUGGCUGAAUUCACUGCAAGAGCAGCCUUUUACUUGGGCAUCCCCGCGUCGGAUAUCGAAAAAGUAAAGACAGAAAAGAAACUUUACACUGUGAUCAGAUCGCCCUUCGCCCAAGCUAAGUCGAAGGAGAAUUUCUUCAGAACCACUUUUAAACGUAGAUUAGUGGCCUUUGACGCCAAUCCAGAGAUUGUCGAUUUGUGGUUAUCUUACACAAGCAAGUAUGCCUUAGAGAGUGUUCAUCGCAAAGCCCUGGUUUUCACACACGAGUCUCUUGAUUACGCCGAGACCAUGAGCAAGUUGACUGCCGAGGAGAUGGAAUUGCCUCGGGCUUACCAGGACAACAUGGAGGACCCAGUGGGUAAGAAAGUACAGGAACUCUUGAGCUCAGACGCUUUCAAAGAGUCCAUGAAGGAGGGCAAGUAAUGUAUUUUUAGACAUGUAUAUAGUAAUGAUUAAAAAAUGGAUUGCAUGCUUGAAUAUCAACCAUAAAGGCC